UGUUUAAAACUUGUUUGUGCCAUAAAACACUUUUGGCCAACUGGUUAAAUAAUAGUGACAUUGAAUCUGUUGUAAGGAUUAUAGCGAUUUCAAAUAAAAAUGCUCGAGACUCAAAAUAUCAUGGGAUCCAUAAUUUUGCUGCUAUGUUUGUGCUGGGCUGUUACGACGGCUAACGACCAGUUAUGCCGGAAGUUUCACAUAAUCCAAAAAAGCGACACACCCGCAUCCAUCGCCCGACACUACGGCUUCACCGAGAAAGAGCUCUUAGCCAAUGAAUUGUUUUAUGGUGGCAUGUCCAGUUUUGUCGCAGGUCGAAUGGUGUGCGUUGCCAAAGAUGUGCCAGAGCAAAACUGCCGAAUAGCUGGCGGAAAUGACUCAUUGGACGAGAAGCUGAUACGUCAGCAGGCACUUAUCAGAAUAGAUCUUGUUAGUCCUAAAUCAAGUGCUCAAGGACUGGGACUGGAUAAGGAUGAUCCCUAUGGAUUCUGCUCGGGCGUUCUCAUUUCACGAGACGUGGUUCUCACUUCCAUGACCUGCUUGAUAGUGCACACCUGUCUACCUGGACUGAAUGGAAUCGAAUGCAAAAUCCCGGUUCCUCAAAACUACCAAGUGGGACUGUAUGCUGGGGCAGAGGAAAAUUCCUAUAGGUUGUCUUACCGAAAGGUCACGAAAAUCAUCUCCCACCCACAGUUCGACCCUGCGCAACGGGCUAACGAUCUAGGCCUGGUCGUUAUGGAACAGACCGCAAAUGGAAGCGCAAACAACGGAGCACUUGUGGCGAAAAUGCCCAAGGAAGGUGAUCUACCGGUGUGCCAGCAAAGCAUUGUGACAAUGGGCGCAUGGGAUGGCCUGGGUGUGGCAAACUAUACCCUUGACGGUUUUCUGUUACAAGUCGACAAACGCAAUAUCGUUGUUCCAUGGAAAUGGAAACUGCUGGACAACAAGUUGUGCAAGCCUCUGCUGCACAUGGUUGUAGGAAAAAAUGGUUGGGGCGGCGAGCAGGAUACUCUGAUGUGUGCAGAUAGUGGGAACACUUUGCAUGAAACCAACAUUUGCGUUAGCAGCAACGGUGCUCCAUUCUACGCUUAUGAUUCGAAUUCCCAAGACUUCACAUUAACCGGCAUUCUCACCUGGACGAAUCGCUGCUGGAAUGGACAAGUUCCGCUGGUGGAUGUGAAAAAGCACAUUAGUUGGAUUAACCAGAACAUUUAACCGCUUGGAGUGCUCUGUGUUUUUUCAGCUGAUGUUAAUCAGCAAUAUUAAUCACUGAACGACUUGUUUUGCUGCAUUAAGUAAACGGCUAUUUUGUUUUUUUGCAUAAAAUAAACUGCGUGAAACAAACUCAGAUUGUGUUUCGAAACUGUACUCGAAAAAAACUAACUUUUGAUCUGUGUUUUGCUCACUUGAGUUAGUUGAGUAUUUACAUACUGUACUAGUAUGAAACUUU